CCCAGACUCCAGGACCAGGACUUCUGGGCCAGCCUCCAUGGCCAAGUGCCGGGCUUGCUGGACUGGGACAUGGCCAAUGAGUGUUUUUUGUCCUUCACCACGUCGCACCUGCCCAAGUACUUACAGGAACUUGCGAAAUACAGACUCCAGAUAGUUAAUCCACCAACACUGCCUUUGGAAAAAAUACGCUACCCUGAUAAAGAUGGUCCAGACAUUAAGCCCAAUCUGUGGAUGUGGGUGGACCCAAACAUUGUGUAUCCUCCCGGCAAGCUGGAGGUCAGGAGACCUAAAAGGGUCUUGAAGGAGGAAGAAGCCAGCUGCUCCGAGGCUUCAGGGGCACCGCUGCAGUUGCCGUCUGCCAGCCAUCCAUCCCCUCCUCACAAGCGGAAGAAGAAGCAGAAGCACAUUGCCUCUUCUAGCGCCUGGGAGGAGCUUACAGAAGAGGAGGAGGCCAAGGACCAGGAUGACAGCUCCUCUGUGGCUCUCCCAUCCCUUCCCACAAGGGGCCCCCUCCAGAGUCGCAGGAGGCUUGGACAAGCUAUCAGCCCAGAGGGGAGGCUCUGGUUCCGUCCCCCUCUCAAUUACUUCCAUCUAAUUGCCCUGGCACUCAGAAACAGCGCCCCCUGUGGCAUCAACGUACAGCAGAUCUACAGCUUCAUUCGAAAGCACUUCCCCUUUUUCCGGACAGCUCCAGAAGGCUGGAAGAACACAAUCCGUCACAAUCUCUGUUUCCGAGACAGCUUUGAGAAGGUACCGGUCAGUAUGCAGUGUGAGGUCCACACACGGCCUCGAUCCUGCCUCUGGAAAUUGACUGAGGAGGGACACCGCCGCUUUGCGGAGGAGACACGAACCUUGGCUUCCACACGGCUGGAAAAUAUCCAACAGUGCAUGAGCCAGCCAGAUGUGAUGCCCUUCCUCUUUGACCUCAAAGAAGAAUCAGCCAUGCCCUAUUAA